UUACGCAAUAUUGCUCAAUCAGUUAAAGUCUUUGAACUUGUUAAAUACGAUAAACAAGUUACAAGAUGGAACGAAAUCUGAUUUUUCAUUGCGACGAACGGCAACGUCGGAAACGAAUGCCGCCAUGUCUUCCGGAAACAAUCUUAAUGUCGCUCCUCCCACAGCGUCGAGCAAGACGUUAGUGUCACAAGAAAAUUUCCUAGCAAUCUCGCCAAUUUACCCGUUUGAAAAAGCGAACGUCGAUGAAAAACGUGAUGAAAAUGUCGGCUACUCUGAAUUACUUUCAGAGCACAGAAAAAAUUCUGAGCAAGUAGAAAGUUUGAAUAAAAAUAAUGCUGUAUCUCAGCCUUCGCAUUUAGUUUGGGACAACUGUUUUGAAAACACGUAUAGAGAUAAUCGACAGGUAAAUCCAAAGCCUCAUUACGAUAUGGAGAAAGCUCAUAACCUAGCACUUGACGCUGGAGGUAUGUUGAAGAAACGUGAAUUUUUAGAGAACAACAGUUCCCUCGCAGUUAAAAAUUGGAUUGAGAAAUAUAAUAACUUGAAGAAUUCUAUAAUUGGGAGCAAAAUAAGUUCAACAGACGUCUCGGUUAUAACCGAAACAUCUGUAUCCACAACAAUCGCAGAAUAUUCUGAAGAAACAAGAAAGGAAAUAAAUACAGUGGAAAUAAUUCCAAUAACGAGAGAUAUUUUUAAUGAAUAUGAAUAUUCUGAGUCCUUUAAUGUAACUCUCGAUAUAGUUGUAACUGAAGAUAGCAUCAAAGCGGAUUACACCGGAGAUUGGUUCGAAGCGGAGCUAGAAGACACAGAGAAAAUAAAAUUUAGUAGUAUGCCUCAGACACAAACCUAUUUGAUCCCAAAAUUCAAACUUGAAGAAGGAUUUCAUCCGUUUACUUUUAUGUCAAAGUUUUUCGCGUUUAUAUACCCAUUCGAUUUUCCUGUUGGUCUGGUCAAGGAAAUAGUUUGGGGGAAGUUUACAUUUCCAUAUUCAUUUUUACAGUCAAUCAAAAUGGAGUCCACAUUUCUAGCCUUUGUCAUCGUGUUUGCCUGUUUCGCGUUAAUUAUACCCGUAUACCUAAUAAUUAUGGGCAUAGUGUCCGUACUAUCUAGUUCCGGCCGAAAUGACGAAUUGGAAACUGGGGCGCUAUUUCCCGAAGCUGAACAAGAUUGCAAUGAUAAGAGCAUGCUCAUUGUUACCUUUCUUGUUGUGUUAUUUUGUGGCACUUUGAUAUCCGGUAUGGCUCUGAGUAAUGAACAAUCAAGGACGGCAGCGUCCGAUACCAGAAAUGUGGUAAACUGCGCCUGCGCAGACGUGGCGGCUUGGCUUUCGUCUGCUGCACGAGAAUUGCAUCAAGGGAUAAUUCCACCGAUCGAUAUGGUUCUCUAUGCUUAUAGAGAUGAUUUAAGAAAUGUAGAGACUCUUCUAGGUGAACCUAUACAGCAGUCAAUCGCGUCAGAGAGUGGUAUAGAUCUGGUAUUCGAUUCAUUAAUGGACAUAGUUCUAGAAACCAAAGAUAUAUCCACAAAAAUAGCAUCAUUACGAAACUACACAUUAAAAGCGAGGAGUUUAUCAUCAACGGCUUCUGACAAAAUCCAAGAACUGGCGCGGCAGAUAAAUAAUCUGAAGAGAGUGUGUGCUGUUAAAGAUAUUCCUCUGUGUGACACGAUUAAUACGAACUCAUUGAAGUUACAGAUGAAGUUUGAUUCGAUCCUGCAGGAACCACAAUUACUUGAGCUACGAACCCUGGGCGUAGAUAACCUGACGGAAGCAAUAUCAAAGGCCAGACAGGAGUUCCAGACAUUACCUUCUGCAAUAUUAGCUCAAACGGAAAUUAUUAGGGAAGACAUUCUUCGCGAUAUUGAGAUACGUCGUCAAAUGGUACACAGGUCUGCUAAAGUGUUGAAAAAUAUUGUUCGUCAUUUAACGUCUGGUCUCCACAGCCUGGCCAGGAGACUGGAAGGUGGGCUCGACAGGCUCGAGCGGUACGACUUCUGGAGAUGGGUCACUAUGUUAGGUUGUACUGUUGCAUUUGCUUUUGUGACAAUGUUAAUAUUCCUAGCGUUAUUAUGUGGUUGUGGAGACGCCAAGAUCCACGCAAAAAGAACUCUGCAACUAUCUUCGGUGUGGUUAUCCCUGAUCUCUCUGGUUCUAUGGUGCGUAAUAUCCGUUACGUUUCUCAUAGCUGGUCAUGCGGAGAUAUUUAUAUGUCACGCGUUAUGGGAUUCUCCACAAUACAGCACUUUAUCUACCCUCUUAGACCGACCCUCGCCACUUUUACAACAUAAUGAGGGUAUUUUCGAUGCGUUGCUAAGAGAACUAGAAAAUGUAACGAUAGAAGUAUCCGUGAAAGAUGUCUUGAGGGACUGUGAAAGAAAUAGGCCCGCUUAUAUAGUAUUUCAAUUAGACAAGAUGCUUGAUGUGAACAAGGAGACAUCUUACUUCGAAUGGGAGGAGCUCCAAGCCGACUUGAACAGAUUGUCGAGCGCCAUUGAUGUCGGUUUCUUGAAGACUAUUUCUGUUAAUUUCAAUCGUUUGCUGCAAGAUAUUCUUGUUGUUUCUGACGUUAAUAUGACUAAGUACAGAUUAGAAUUGGACGGUCCUGUGGUGGGUAAGGAUAUACCUUCACUUAUGGAUCAGUUGGAAAAUAUUGCAGCACAGGUCACUGACCUAUCUACUGCUGGACGCUUAGAAACUUUAGCAUCAAGAACACAAAAAUUACAUUCGAUGAACAUUAAACCGCUGGAACAACUUAGAGCCAACUUAGUGUUCAGACUUACGGAGCUAGAAUUACAAUUGAUCCCAUUUAGAAGGAAAUUGAACAUUUCGCUGAGCCACAUUCACACCGCUCAGUUUUAUAUAAAUAAUCAAGGGGAUUUCAUUGCCCAGAAAAAAGUUUCAAUGUUCGUGUCCCGGUUAGUGUCCCAUACGGCGGGUUGGCGCACUCACGUUCUGACGUCAGCAGGAAACCACGCCGGGAAAUGUCGUCCGCUGUAUACUGUUUAUGCAGCUCUUCGAUCUCUCUUGUGUACUAAAUAUGUCGCCUCUCUUCAUGGCUGGUGGUUUUGUGGCGUUCUUCUGGGUUUGUUCUGGUGCACAGCUCUAACACCACUUUGUGUUAAAUUAUGGAGAUCGUUUGGGAGGAAUUUGAGAUCGUUGGAGUCAAUGAACCUUACGAGUUUGAGCCAGCAAGGAACACCAGCGACUGCUGUUUGCGAAGACAGUGGAUGGAGCGCACCUGAGCCUCCACCCCCUCGAAAUGAUAGCUGGUGAUGAAGCAAUCACUUGAGGAUGAAACAAAAACUCACCUUGUUUCAAGUCAACGCUGUUUCACCAACUGCAAGCACAAAAUUUAUAACCACAUAGUAUUAAAAGCAAUCGUUGUUCUAAUAAUGUUUUAUGUAAUUCAAUAUGAUUUCUGUUUUCGGCCAUAAUGUGUGUCAUUUAUAAAUGAUAUGGAAAUUAACUUCUAUU